AUGGAAAAAACUAAUAUUUUAACGGCUAUUUUGAUCACAGGGCCCCCGGGUGUUGGCAAGACCACGUUGGUUCGUAAGAUCUGCUCAAAGUUGAGCGAGCAGAGCAAGCUCCAGGGAUUCUACACGGAGGAGGUGCGUGCCGAUGGAAAAGGGCAGCGCAUCGGCUUUGAUGUGGUCACCCUGACCGGCGAGCGAGGAAUACUGGCGCGGGAGCGGCCGCUGGACAACCUGCGACGCCCCAAAGUGGGCAAGUACUCGGUCUAUGUGAAGGACUUUGAGGAUCUGACGCUGCCACUGCUCGAUGGCAGUCAUUCCGGCUGCGAGCUCUUGGUCAUCGAUGAAGUGGGCAAAAUGGAGCUGCUGAGCAAGCGCUUCGAAACUGCCAUAGCCAAAGUCCUCCAGCAACAACGCCCCAUUCUGGCCACCAUUCCACAGACGACCCGCCAGUCUAUGCCGCUGGUGGAGCGAUUGAAGAGCGCCCCCGGCGCUGUCAUCUUCGAGGUGACCAAAACCAAUCGGGAUUCCCUGGUAGGUCAGAUUACGGAGCGCAUUACACAGUGGAAAUUUUUAACAUAA